GCAUAGUUGCGAGUCUGGUUGACGAUUGAUCAGGGCAUCGGCAGAGGUCAACAUGGGGAACUGCUUGGAGUGCUUGGGGAAUUUUUUCUGUCGGCAAAAGAACACCAAUGUGCGUUUUAGUCUGCCGGCUGUCUGCUUCGCCUGGCAGAUUGCUAUGAUUGUACUGUUUGGAGUUUUCAUCCGGUAUGAUGGUGAAUCAGACGUGAAAAAAUGGUUGGAGCACAAAAAAACCGAAAACAUCAGCAGCGACAUCGAAAACGACUUCUACUUCAGAUAUCCAAGCUUCCAAGACGUCCAUGUCAUGAUCUUUGUCGGAUUCGGUUUCCUCAUGACCUUCCUGAAACGCUACAGCUUCGGUGGGAUUGGCUUCAACUUCCUGAUUGCUGCCUUUGGUCUGCAGUGGGCACUACUCAUGCAAGGCUGGUUCCAUUCGCUUGACCCCGCCACUGGGAAAAUCUAUAUCGGAAUAGAAAGUCUGAUCAAUGCAGACUUCUGCUGUGCCGGCUCUCUGAUUGCCAUGGGUGCUCUGCUGGGGAAAGUAAGCCCCGUCCAGCUGAUGGUUGUCACUUUAUUUGGCAUCACACUGUUUGCUGUGGAAGAAUACAUCAUCCUCGACCUCCUUCAUUGCAAAGAUGCUGGUGGCUCCAUGGUCAUUCACGCCUUCGGAGGGUACUAUGGUUUAGGAAUCUCCUGGGUCCUUUAUCGACCACACCUACACCAGAGCAAACGCCUCAAUGGAUCUGUCUAUCACUCUGAUAUGUUUGCCAUGAUUGGUACACUUUUCCUCUGGAUGUUCUGGCCCAGUUUUAACUCAGCCAUCACAGACCAUGGUGAUGGGCAGCCCAGAGCGGCCAUCAACACCUACCUUGCCCUCGCCUCCUCUGUUCUCACCGCUGUGGCCAUCUCCAGCUUGUCACAGAAGAAAGGAAAGCUGGACAUGGUUCAUAUCCAGAACGCCACUCUGGCAGGUGGGGUUGCCAUGGGAACAGCUGCAGAGUUCAUGAUCACUCCUUACGGGUCGCUCAUCGUGGGUUUCUGUUGCGGCAUCAUCUCCACCUUUGGCUACCUCUUUGUUACGCCCUUCUUGGAAAAUACGUUGAAGCUCCAGGACACAUGUGGCGUCCACAACCUGCAUGCUGUGCCAGGGAUGCUCGGUGGCUUUAUAGGUGCCAUAGUUGCUGCAGCCGCUAGUGAAGAGGUCUAUGGCAAAGAGGGGUUGAUCCAUGUGUUCGAUUUUGAAGGCGAAUUUGCAAACAGAUCGGUGCAAACCCAGGGAGGCUUUCAGGCUGCAGGAACAUGUGUGGCUAUUGCAUUUGGACUUGUUGGAGGAUCGCUUGUUGGUUUAAUUCUGCGGCUUCCUAUCUGGGGCGACCCUGCUGAUGACAACUGCUUUGAUGAUGAAGUUUAUUGGGAGGUUCCUGAGGAGGAGGAGAUCAUCCCUCCUGUCUUGGAGUAUAACAACCACAUGAUUCACAAGCAUCAAGACAUAUCCGAGUCAAACUUUUCUGUGGAGCAAAGUUAGAAAGAUCCACCCUACCUCAGAGAAUUUUGAACUUGAUCUAGCUGUGAAACGACACUAAUUUAUGAAGGAGCCACCCUCAAAAACGGGCAAAUCUACAAGAGAAGGAAAUCACACUGACUAUGCCACAGCCACACUGGUCAGGGAUUGGAAGCCCUAAGGUUGUGAUUAUGGUGACUAAAUAUCUUAUUAAUCUACAAUAAUUUUGAAUCAAACUUCUUGAAGGAAUUAUAAAUGAUAUGUUCAUUCCCUUUUCUAUUUUGGAUGAAAAUUCUUAAACUUGCAGAUUCUUAUUGUAUGCUAAAUAUAAUUUACUCGAUCAAAGCAGCUAAUACAUGAUGAUUAAUCAAAGACACUUUGUUUAUCUCAUGCUUAUAAAGGACAUAACAACUGAGAGAAAAGUGUACAUCAGAUGUUAUAUCUUUUUUGUUAUAUUGUCAUUGACAACAUUUGCCAUGACAUUUUUCAUAAAUGAACAGUCUGUUGACAUACACUUUAUUGAGCGUUUGUUCAAUAAAUAAGGUUCCGCCAAAUUAGGUAUUUUAUGAGUUGUAUGACUUACUUUGUUAUUUCUUUAAAAUAAUGUAUAGGUCUUGUAAGCUGCUGUACAUAUUAUUGUAUCAAUCUCUAUUUGUUUGGAAAAUAACUUCUUAACUAUUUUACAACUUUUAAUGAUUUGGUUGCUGUAGUGUUGAAUAUUAUGUGAUUGUAUAUGACUAUAUCCAGUUUGAGAUCACAUGUAACUGGCAUUGAACAAUAAAGUUGUAUUAUUGUCAUUCUCAAA